AUGGUGACCUUUAGGCAGCUUGAGAUCUGUUUGGGUUCACUAUGGAGAAGGAAAGUGGAACUCAAGGAAGAGAACUCCAAAGGGUUUGGGCUACAAUCGCUGAGGGGUACUCUUCCUCAAGGUCCAAGGCUGCUCAGAUCAGGAGCCCAGUGCUUGAGAUAUGUGCACAAGGCACUUGCCAACACCUUCUUUGCAAGGAAGGCACUGGGACAAUCAAUGAGGGAGAAGUCAAGCUCCUUGACAUGGGAAUCAAGCCCAUCAUCUCACGCACAAGGAUGGGAAGAAGAUCAGGGAGAUAGCACAUGCAGGGAACUCAUGCCUCUCCUUGAGCAGCUCCACCUACAAGUCACAGCUUACAACACUAGGCACCAAGAGGAAGAAAGCUUAGUGUUGGAGGGUCAUCACACCUAUCUUGUGUGCAGCUGGAGUCCAACUGGACAAGAGAAGGUCUACUCCACCAGGUUGGAUGGACAUCAAGUUUUGCAAGACCAACCUCUCAUUGAGCACAAGGAGUUGGAUGGGAGGUUCCAAUUCAAGUUCACACAUCCAUUGGCUGGCCCUCCAAGCUUCUCUGCCCAACCCUGA